AUGGAAGAAGUGACGCGGCCACCAGAUGCCAAACUCCGCAGGUUGUGUGGCGCAAGCACGUCCCUCAGGAGAAGCGCCUCGAGUGAUGGCUUUCGAAGCGUUGGAAGCGGAUCCGAGCCCGCAGCUCGGGAGGAGCUGGAAGGAGUACUUACAUUGUUGAGGGAGCGCGAGGAGGAAUUGCAACUCCUUCGCAGAGAGAUCAACGGCUUGCGGACACAGAAGGAGCGAGACAGCUCGGCUGAACUUCAUGAAGCUCUGAGGGACCUGGCACUUCGUCACCGUCAAUCCCUCCUGCGGCUGCAGGAUGCUGCUAGAUCUGAUAGUGCAGAGGAGUGUGCAAGUGUUGCAGAGGUGGUGCAAUUGAAAGCUUCUUUAAUGACUUCCGAGCAAUCACUGCUGGAGUUGGAAGAGGACUGUCUGCAAAUGGAGGCAACCCGCAAUCACCUUGAUGGAGUUGUGGAGGAGGUUGAGGCCAGCACCCAACAGUGCCAUCUUCGCUACCAGGAAGGCCGCUAUCGCUUGCACUCCCUACAACGACUGCAGACAGAGAUAGAGGUUCAAUGUGCCAGCCUGAAGCAAACACCCCUCAUAAAUGCCACAUCCAGUGCAGAGGAGGCGUUGCAAGCACUACAACACCUAGAGUCUGAGCAAGAGCUGAAAGACCAAGAGGAAGCCAGGCUCCGCUCUGAGCUGAAACAGAAACGUCAGGAAAUGUCCAAGUCUGACUGUCAGCGGGGAGACCUCUUGGCCACGGUUGCUCGUGGAGUUUCGGAACUUGCUGCAGAAAUCGCAGCUCAAAAGUCACGCUCGGAAACGGAGCUUCACUCGGCCAAGAAGAAAUUGGACCUUCUGAAAGGGAAUGCAAAAGCCAAAGCCAUGGAGCUUCAGGCUGUGAAUGACAAAAUUCACCAAUCUCGACUAGCUACAGACGCCGAGUGUAAGCAGCUCAUGCAACAAACGAAGGACUGCCUUGCAAAAAUAUCGACUGAAAGACACCAGAGAGAGAAAGAAAUGCAAGAAGACCUGCUGGAGCUUGGCCGGCGAAUAGAAGCGACUUCGCAUCCAGAUGAAAGGGCCUUAGAAGCCAUGAAAACCCGAGCACAUGAACAAUCCAGAGAAGAGCACCGUUCAGCCUUGCAUCGUUUGCGCCUUGAGCUCCGACAGCUACGAUCGAAAGAGGCAUUGGAAAAUGCAAAGUCUCCGAAUUGUCUAGCUUCUGUGGAUUCCUUGAAAGACUUGGCAAAGACAUUGGCAUCGAAAUGUGAGCAGUCUUGGCAGACUCUCAGCGAUGAGAAGCAGAAAGCCGCAUUAGCCCAGGCCAUGAAGCGAUGA